GUUUGACCGAAGGUUGAAGGUUGUGUGCAUGACCCUAUCAGUCUAGAGUCUCUAUUCAUUCAUGGCUUCCACAAGUAACAUGAACCCGGAGACCGAGACAAACGAUCUCUCCUACAAGCUAAACUCUACGAGAACCACAACCAUGUCGUGCCAAGUCGAAGGAACCGCCCUGAUUACCGGAGCUGGCUCAGGUAUCGGAGAGCAGACAGCCCUUCAGCUCGCUGCGAACGGCAUCUCAGCACUGACCUUGUUGGACAUUGAUCCGGCGGGCUUGGACCGCGUGCACCAGAUCUUGCAAGCCAGCCAUCCGGGCGUGCAAGUGCUUAUUAUGCCGGCGGAUGUGGCUGAUGAAGCAGCUGUGGAUGCCGCAUUUCAAGACACCGUGGCCAAGUUCCAGAGAGUUGAUAUUGUCAUCAACGCAGCUGGAGUUGGUCAGCCUUUCCAGCCAACGCCUGAACUUAGCAAGGUGGACUGGGAGAAGGUGAUCCGGGUCAAUCUCACCGGCGUAUGGCUAUGCCAGCGGGCAGCUAUCCGGCAUAUGCUUGAACAACCAUCUCGCAGCGCGCGCCAGGGUCGAGGCGUCAUCGUCAACAUCGCCUCUGCUUUGGGCCUGACGACCCCAUCGACUGGACUACCCACUACAGCCUAUGUGUCUUCUAAGCAUGCGGUUAUGGGCCUAACCAAGUCGGAUGCGAGGAUAUACGCGGAGCAGGGAAUACGGAUCAAUGCAGUGUGCCCAGGCUGGGUCCGCACUCCCUUAAUGCAGUCGGAGCUUGACUCUGGUGCUCUGUCCGCAGAGAUCCUCAGUGCUCCGGUGAAGAGAAUAGCCGAGACCGAGGAGAUUGCGAGUGCCAUUCUAUUCCUGGCGUCCCCGAUGAGUAGCUUUGUCUAUGGCGCUGGCCUGAUGGUGGAUGGAGGGUAUAGCCUGUGACGGGUCGUGUGAGGCCAGCGCAAAACGUCUGAAUUUCAUAAUGAGAUGGUUGCCAGAUCAUGGCCAGGGACUGAUGAAUCUUAAGGGGCAGAAGCCCCCCCUGCGUUGCGUUGCAAAGGCAUACUAAGCGUUUCUUCAAUCUGAGCA